ACCAUUUGUCCCAGCACAACCAUUAGCUAGUUGAGUGUUCUUUUCUCUUUCUAAUUUCAGAUGAUUUUUUGUUUGUGCUGUUGAAUGCAAUGUUUUCGUACAAUAGGAUGUCCAUUUCAGUAGAAUUUCCGGUUGUAAGGAGUUUUGGUUCGUCGUCUUUGUUGCCUUGCUCGCCAAAUCGAGUACUGUACAAUUCCUUGUUUUGUUUUUGCCAAAAAAAAUUGAAAUGUAAAUGGAGUAGGGCCGGUCUUCGAGCGAGUAUGAGCACAAACGAAAAUUACUUUGUAAAUGAACGUGAAAAUGUUUCCGACUCUGAAUUUGUAGAAGUCAUUGGCAUUGGCAGUAGAAAAGACGCACUUCUGGACUUUUGUUUAGAUUCUCCUCUCCGCUCCUCCUCCCUUCGCUUCUGGAAUAUUCUAGUAAAUGAUUUAUCAGAUGUGCGAUUGCAACAAAGGUUUCUUGGACAAGAUUUAUCACCAAAGAUUGUAGAAGCUUCACUAUUCUUACAAUCACGUUCUAAGGCUAUUAUCCUUGUGGCUAGUGCAGGAUAUGGCCUAGAUCACAUUGCAGCUGUUGAAAUUCUCAAAACUGUUAAAUCUAUAAAUGGAUUUGCCAUUGCUAUUGUUCUAAAGCCUUUCAGCUUUGAAGGACAAAGACGCAUUGAUGAGGUGAAAGAUUUGGUAGCAAAACUUCACAAUCAGACAAAUGUUUGUAUUGAUAUCGAAACAGACAGGCUACUUGAAAUGGAUUUGGUUACCCUAGAUGAGGCUUUGAAAACUGCAAAUGAUGCUGUUUUGUUGGCUAUAAAUGCUGUCUCUGUUCUAACAUCUGAAAUGCACAGAAAGCUAAUUGAUAUACCACAUGAUAAUGCGAGGACACUAGAAGUUUCAGAAGUUUUGAAAAUUCUGGGAAACUACAAAGAAGCUAAAAUUGGAUUUGGAGCUGGUUCCCACAUCAAAGCUUCCAUUUUGCAAGCUAUAUAUGACUGCCCUUUCAUUGGUGCUAGUCUAAAGGAAUUGAAUGGGAUGGUGAUAUGCAUUGUUGCUAGUUCAGAGCUUAUUGAUGAUAAUGAUUUACUAGGCUUUGUGCAUACUUUUCGUCAAACUAUGGAAUGCACAAGGGAAAUCAUUGUAUCUUCUGUUCAUGAACCUAAUCUGGAGUCGAACCUGCUAAUAACAGUUCUUACAUUGGAUUCUCUUAAACAACAAGCCUUGCAUGAAAGCAGCAUUUUAUCUAUAUUGGCCCGUCACUUUCCCUUUGUUUCUAAUUUAUGGCGGAGAUCCCAGCCAAAAUCAACCAAUACUCAUGUAGAAGAUGAAAUUGAGAAUGUACACCUUCCUAAGGUGAGUAGUUCAUCAGAACCUGGUGAAAUGGAAGAUAUUGUUGCUGUCAUGGAAAGAUUUGACCACUCUGAAGAAGCACAGACAGAAUGGAGCAAUGACAACAAUAAUGAUUCCAGCAUGUCUGGACAAAGUGAAGCUGAAUUAUUUGAUCCCAGGACUGAGCCUUCCAACUUCCAUAAUCAAAUUACUGAAGGAACUCCUUCCUUCCAAAGGGGACCACUUGAUGGUUGGAACUUGGGACCUGGUUAUCAAACUGCACAAGAAUGGGCUAGAGAAAGGGCAGCUGACCCUGGGUCUACCUCAACACUUGAUAACCUGAGUAUCUUCUGCCUUCCUGUUGGUGUAAGACCGUUGGAGGAGUUGAAAGACAGGACCACUGUGUUCAAUGUUUCAAAACUUCUAGAGCCAAAGAAUGGAGAUGAUGUCAAAGCACUACCACUAUUUAGGGACUUCACUAGCACCGCUUCUACCCUGUUGAAGGGAAGAACUGCUGAUGGUCAAAAGAAACAGGGAGGACUUUCAAGUCGUGCAGCGUCUAUGCUGGAGGCAGAACGUGAUUCACCAAAAAAAUGGACUCCUGUGAUAGAGAUGCAGUACAGAGGAGGAGUCUAUCAAGGACGAUGCCAGGGGGGCCUUCCUGAAGGAAAGGGUCGUUUAAUACUUGUUAAUGGAAGUAUAUAUGAUGGUAUGUGGCGUUAUGGUAAGAAGUCAGGUCUGGGUACAUAUUACUUUGGUAAUGGAGAUGUUUUUCAGGGUUCAUGGAGAGAUGAUGUCAUGCAUGGAAAGGGUUGGUUCUAUUUCCAAACUGGGGAUCGAUGGUUUGCAAACUUUUGGAAGGGGAAGGCCAAUGGUGAGGGCCGCUUCUAUUCAAAGUCUGGUGAUGUAUGCUUUGGUCAUUUCCAAGAUGGAUGGCGACAUGGCCACUUCCUUUGCAUUGGUGUUGCUGGAGAAAGGCUGCUCAAAUGAUUGUAUUUGCAGAUGCAUUGAAGUAUGGGAUAAAGGUGUUCUUUUAAGCCGUAAGCAGUUAGACUCUAACACUGUUGCUGAAUGAUUUCUGUACUGUUUACUCUUUUCUUUUCUUUCCAUUGAGAAGUGGUAGGUUCUUAUAGGAAAUAGCAAGAGAAAUUGUGAAAAAGAACUUCUGAAAACUGGUCUCUCCUAUCAUUUUGGCUCAAAAACCAUUCACGUAAAAUGUAUAGUUUUAAAGGCCAAGCAUAUUUCUGUAGACAUUCAUUUGCAUGCGAAACUGUAGAUUUUGUAA